AUGAUCUCCAACGCAUCGGCAAGCUGUGUCUAUCCCGUGAUCUGGCCUGAACGAAUUCGAGCUGCUAAAGGAACUACAUCUGCUGCUAUUGCUAUUGGGAUUACCAAUGCUUGUGCCCAGUUGAUGGGUAUCGUGGGUCCUCAGGUAUAUCAAUCCAAGUUUGGGCCUUCGUACCAUGUGAGUUUUGGUACUUCUAUUGGGUUGUUGUCGGGGACAAUUAUUUUCAUUGGUGUGAGUUGGAAAUUGAUGGGAAGGAGUGUGCAUAAGCGGGGUGGUUGAAUAUUUCAUUAGCGACAGCGAGGGAAUACUCGGAGGG